AGUCCUGGAGCCAGCACAGCACCCAUCUCUCCGACUGGAGCCCAGGGCAAACCCGGCAGCUCCCACAUAGAUGAAAGCAAAGACAAGCUCCAGCGCUCCAACCAUGUCCACAUCCCUGCGAGUGAGCCCCUCGGUCCACGGCUACCGCUUCGACACGGCCCUGCGCAAGAAAGCCGCGGCCAACAUCUUCGAGAGCAUCAACGAGGAGUCCCUGCAGAAGCUCUUCAAAAACUCCGGGGACAAGAAGGCAGAGGAAAGAGCCAGGAUAAUCCUCGCCACCGACCAGGACGUGGAGGAGAAAACCAGAGCGCUGAUGGCACUAAAGCAGAGGAGAAAAGACAAACUGCUCCAGUUCCUGACGUUUCGGAAAUACUUCAUCAAAGUUCACUGAACCGGCGAAGGGAGCAGAAAUGGAGGAGAACAUUUGGGGACGGGGCUGUUUGUGACCUCCUGCCACACUCAGCAUGCUCCACUGCCCCGUGGAACCGGGGACCUGAGAGACUGACUGCCCCGCAGCAAACUGGGCACCCAGGGCGGCAUCGGUGCCCGUGGUACCAUCGGUGCCCAUGGCAGCAUCAGUGCCCACGGUAGCAUCGGUGUGGACAGCAGUGUGGGUGCCCCUGGCAGCAUCAGUGCCCACAGCAGCAUCGGUGUGGACAGCAGCGCUGGUGUCAGCAGCAGAAUCGGUGCCCACGGCAGCAUCAGUGCCCACGGCAGCGUUGCUGGGGGUGGCAGCGUGGCAACCAGAGGC